AUGGCCAGCAGCGAUCGUCGAGCAAGUUUGUCUCCAAGUGAACGACAACGAACCAAAAGUCAAUCAUCUUAUCGAUCACAUCGAACAACACCAAACACGCCUUUAUACGAGGAAGAUGCUCAACGAGAAAAAACAUCUUCACAAGCAUCAAGACGAAGUACUCGAGAAACGAAUCCAACAAAACGUUCAGAAAGUUCGACAAGUAAUCGAUCAAGUGCUGCAUUAUCGCCAAUAUCGAAUGCAUCGAAAAGACAAAGAUCUAGUUUAAAACCAUCAGCAUCACCAACAACACAUCGUAGACCAGUUUCAAAAAGAAAAAAAAGACCAAUCAGUGUAGGUGAUAUUGAGAGAAGACAAUUAUCAGAACCAAAUGAUUCUGAAAAACAAGAUUUAAGUGCACAAGGUCUUUCAAUGGUACCAGCAGAAAUCUUCGAACUUGUUACGCUUCGUCGAUUAAUUUUAUCAAAUAAUAAUCUAUCAGCUUUACCACCAACAAUAAAUUCAUUAAUCAAUCUUGAAUAUCUUGACCUAUCACAUAAUCCAUUAGUUGUUAACAAUGGCUAUGAUGAUUAUUCAUGUUUUCCACGUGAAUUUGAAAACUUAAAAAACCUUCAAACAUUAAUUUUGUCUGAAUGUGCAUUGAAAUAUAUUCCAGCUGCUGUUUGGAAUGUACUUAGUCUUCAAACGCUUGAUUUAAGUCGAAAUAAAAUUGGUUAUAUUGUUGGUGAUAUCGGUAAUUUAGCCGAUAUUCGACAUCUUCGUUUAUCUCACAUGGAUCUUGAUACACUUCCACCUGAAAUGGGUUUUUGUGAUAAACUUGAAACAAUUGAUUUAACAGGAAAUCCAAUUGAUAAUUUACCUGAAACCUUAGUUGAAUGUCGUCAAUUAUAUGAAUUUAAAAUAAAUUAUAAAACAUUUUAUAAAUUACUUGAUACGUAUAUGUUACAAUUAAUUGAUGAAGGAAAAAUUCGUUCUGAACAUAUACCACAAGUUAUAUUUGAACUAGAAAAUUUACGUAUAUUAGAUUUAAAUAAUACAAAAAUAAAUUCUAUAUCAAAUGAACAUAUGUUAUUAAAUCUUACUGAAUUAUAUCUAUCAAAUAAUUCAUUUUUUGAUAUACCAGAAGCAAUAAGUACAAUAGAAAAAUUAAAAAUACUUGAUAUGUCACAUAAUCGUAUUACUACAAUACCAGAAUAUUUUAUUAAUAUGAGACAAUUGGAAAGAGUAAAUAUUUCAUAUAAUAAAUUAACUUCACUUUCUAAGAUUUUUGCUUAUUUACCAAUAUUAAAAAAACUAAUUCUUAGUCAUAAUAAACUCGAUAAAAUUGAAAAAGAAUUUUCAAAAAUUCGAUCAUUAUUAUUACUUGAUUUAUCUUAUAAUAAUUUAAAAUCUUUACCUGAUGAAUUAUGUGAACUUGAACAAUUAGAAACCCUUGAUUUACGUUAUAAUAAAAUUGAACAUCUUCCAUCACAUAUUUGUCGUAUGAUUGGACUUAAAUCUAUGAAUACAUUUAAUAACACAUUUCAACGUUUUGGACUUCAUCUUUUAGGUAAUUUAAUUACUAAUCCACCGAGUUACAUAUGGAAAUCAACAAAUAUACAAACAUUAUUUAAUUAUAUUGAAGCAAAAGAAAAAGAUCUUUCAAAUAAUUUUCAUCAUCUAAAAUUAAUUCUAAUUGGAUCAAAAAAUAUUGGUAAAACAACAUUAGCAAUUAAACUUAUUAAUAAUCGAAAAAAAAAUUCAAAUACACGAAAAACUAUUGAUAUGUAUGUUUCUAUUCUUCAACAAAAACAAAUAAAAAACGGUGAACUAAAGAAUUCUCAACAAAAACUAACAUCAAAUGAUGCUAUGUCAUCUGCAUUAACAGAUCAAUGGAUUGAAAAUCGUAUAUCAACUAGUGGUGAUUAUCUUUAUAGUCGACAUUUAAAAACAAAACGAAUUAAUCCACCACCACUUAAAACUUAUCGAUCAAUUGAACAAAUGAAUUCUAUUAUACAAAAAUCAACAUUUAUUACAAAAAAUAAUUUUUAUUAUACAAUAUUUGAUUUAGAAAGUGAACCAAGUUUUGAAAUACUUUAUCCAUUAAUUUAUGAUUCAAAUGCUUUAUAUUUAUUACCAGUUAAUUUAACUAUUCUAUUAAAUAAUUUGCAAACAAGUACUAAUUUUAAAAAUAUCAAUGAAUAUGAAAAUUCAUCAAUUAUAAUUAAUUUUGAUGCAUUAUUAACAAAUGAUUGGUUAUAUUGUCAUAUAUUUCAUUAUCUAGAAUCAAUAUCUGAUUAUUGUCAACAAGUAUCUAUUGCAAUUCUUGGUUUAGUUGAUGAUUCUCAGUUAGCAUCAAAUGAUCGACAACAACAACAACAACUUCUUGAUGAAAUUCGUUCAAAAGUGAAUGCAUUUUUAAUCAAUACAGAAGAUCAACGAGGAAAUAUUAAAUUUUAUUCAGAGUAUUUUCUAGAACCAAUUGAUAUAAAUGAUGAUCAAAUAUCAUCAUUAAUCAUUGAACAAUUAGAAACAAUAGCUCAACAAUGGGCUAUUGUACAUCACAAACAAAAACGACAACUUAUCAAACAACGUUUUGCUUUUCUUAAACAUGAUGCUUUAAUAAUCAAUUAUGACACUUGUUUAAAAAAGUUCGAACAACAAAAACAAGUCCCAUUAGUUUUUCCUGAUGAUGAUAAUGAUGAUGAUGAAACUGAAAAAAAUAAAAAACUUAUUGCAGAAAUAAAUGCAAUGUCUUUUGAUGAAUGUCUUGAUUAUUUAAAAUUAAUUGGAGAUAUUUUUUGUUUUGGUCAAAAAUCUCAUAUGAAAAUUCUUAUAAAACCUUAUUAUUUAUUAAAUAAAAUAUUAUCUAAUACUCUAUUUCGUCCAAAUAUUGAUCAAUGGUUAAAUUAUGAUGAUAAUAUGGUAUUUCGUUUUUCUGGUUAUUAUCCAGAACAAAAAUUAUUUGAUAUUGAUCGACAACGUUUAUUAACACGUGGUGAAUUUACAUGGAAAAUGCUUAAUGUUUUAUUUUAUGAACAAAAUAAUAAUAAUAUUAAUUUAACUGAACAAAAUAUAUUUGAUUAUUGUCAUUUAAUGGAACGAUUAUAUCUUGGUUUUUUAAAUAAAUCAAAUCUAAGUUGUAAGAAUAAACUAAUUAAAUUUCUAUUCAUAAUACUUUUCUUUGUUGUUUUUGUUUUUUGA